AUGAGUUUUUUUUGGAGAGCCGCUCUUCAAAUUACGGAACUUAACAAUAGUAAAGGAAUAGUCGAACUACUUAUUUCACAUAGUGCAAAUGCCAAUCAAAAAGAUAAAGAUGGCAAAACUACACUUCAUUAUUCAACAUUUUAUCAAAGAAAUGAAAUUAUGUUUCCAAAAAAUUCUGAUGUUCUAUCUUGA